CGCCCGUCGCAGCCACCCCGCGGGCUCUGCAGCCCACGGGGAGGGAGACGGGGCCGGAGCCUUGUGUGAGCAGGGCGGGGACAGAGGUGCGGACACUGCACUCCCCAUAAAAUCUACCCAAACCAUUUCCUCCCCCCCCGUGCCGGAUGGUAUCGCCCGUGCCGCAGUGCCCGGAUGUGGCGGGGCCUACAGCCUCGCGAGACCUGCGCGGGAGCCACAUCCGUAAAACUCAACUGUGGACCAAAAAGUGUUGGCCUGACACUCUAGAGGUUGGUAGCACAGACUGAGUAGUAAGUAGGUCUUAAAUGGAGGUGGUCUGGUAUUCACGUGCAAAUGCUGGUUUCUCUUUGUAAAUGUUGAAGCAAGAUAGCCAUCCACAAGACAUCUUAAAAUAUGAAUUUUGAUAAUGACAAUUCAAGAAAAAAGAAGUGGGGCUUGCUGGUUACUGGUGUUGUUGGUGGGACACUGGUAGCACUCUAUGCUGUUGUCACUCCCUUCAUAACUCCAGCUCUGAGAAAAAUUUGCCUGCCUUUUGUUCCUGCAACUUCAACUCAGAUUGAAAAUGUUCUGAAAAUGUUACAAUGCAGAAAUGGAUCUCUGGUUGACAUUGGUAGUGGAGAUGGACGAAUUGUGCCAGGCACUUCAAAGGAAGGCAUGAUGAUGUUGUGUGUUACCAUACUUUAUUCCCUUCGCGGAUCCAGCCCAAAAUGGAUGAAGCUGUUCUUAAGUAUGCAGGUGAUAGCAGCUGCAAAAGAAGGAUUCAGAGCUGUUGGUUAUGAAUUAAAUCCCUGGCUAGUCUGGUACUCCAGAUACUGUGCUUGGAGGGAAGGUGUGCAUCAUGAUGCCAAAUUUUACAUUUCAGAUUUAUGGAAGGUUAGAUUUUCCCAGUAUACAAAUGUUGUUAUAUUUGGGGUACCUCAGUUGAUGCCACAGUUGGAGAAAAAGCUUGAAGAUGAACUCGAGCACGAUGCCAGAGUCAUUGCCUGCCGCUUUCCUUUCCCGCAUUGGAUGCCAGAUUAUACUACUGGUGAGAUUCCAAACAGAAGCUACCACUUCUUUGUACUGAAGAUGCUGGUGGAUACAGAGAAAGGGAGAUUAACAGUUUGGCCUUUUCACAAGCAUAAGAGUAGAGAUUGCUGAAAAUGUUUUUCUGACACCAAGUUUUUUGGUAAAAUCACAUCAUGCAGAAUAAUCUCAUUUUUUUCACUUUUACAAGCUGUCAUCUUCCUCUCAUAUAGUCUUUCCCCCUCACACAUUUGACUUCCUUACUCCUUUCUUAGAUUGUUUUAUAUGUCUACUUACUACCCCUGCAAAAUACUACUGUUUUGAUUUCGGUACUUGGGCUAUGCCCUUAGGACUCCUUUGAAUGCUAUAAAUUGCUACACAACUGUUCAGGCACAGAAGAAUCAGUCCUUUAUAUCCUUUGCAGUUGAGGAAGAUUUCUUCAGCAAAGGAGUUAUUAAAUCCAGCGUAAGAUUUAACAGGCUGAUAUGAUAAUCCAAGGAGAGAUUCACUAUCCUUUGAAUAAUUGGUGUCAUGAGAUUUAAAUGCUCCCUUAGCAGCAACAUAGGUAUUGGAUGCAGCACAUGUUGUCACUCUGAAGUAAUGUAUCAUGUCUACUAUGUCAGAUGUAGAAACCUUAUUAAAGCUACUCCAAAGUCCCUGGUUGGCAAGCUAAGGAAGUCAAAGACAGGGAGAGUAACUGAAAAGUUGUCUCAAAUGUACAGUUUGCUCUCUGUGUCUGAAGUGUAUUCAAUAAAUAAUCAAAGAUAUUAUUGCAAAUGUCCAUACAAGGGACUAAAA